UUUCCGAAUAGUUCUCGAGAAGAAAUAGGAUAUUUCGCAUUUUUCCGAAAUGUUACAUUACCUGUUGUCGGUAUUACUUUUAAUAUUUGAAAACAUAUUAGAAUUAUGUAUGUGUAUUACAUUGGUGAUACUUAUCUAUUACUUCUGGCCUAGUAAACAACUCGAAGAUGCUACUUUGCAAUAUUUCCCUGACACUACUCAAAAUAGCUCGGAAGUGUUCAUUGAUCCGCCGGAGCGAAAUCCAAUAUUCUAUCCAAUCAGUCCAUUAAGACACAAGAAAAGAUCAAGCAAGGAGGAGAUGACACCAGAUAAGAAACGAGACUCUAGUGAAAAGAUUUCAAAGCAGCCUCCCAGAGAACUUUUCGAGCCAAACGAGCAAGAACAAGUACCAUCACACAUCAAACCGGAAAUAUUCUUCGUUUUGAAAGCAUUAGAAGGCCUUGAAUUACCCACAACAUGGCAAUUAGACCCGAAAGAUGUUGAAACAUUGUCAAUUGAUACAGGAAGUGUAGUGUUGUCUCCUGGACGUGCUAAUGAUGUAAUAGUGGUUGUGAUUUCUGGAGAAUUGGGUAUUUUUACAAAUGUUAGUUUGGGUGACAAGCGUUACGACUGCAAUAUUAAAACACUUAGAAGUGGUGAAUCAUAUUUCUCACAAACUUCCAUCAUCGAAAUUUUGAUGAAUGAGAAACCAAAUAAUAAGUACAUCCAUCUGAAAGCUUUGACAAGUUGCCGAGUUGCUACUUAUCACCUUACUUCAUUUCAUACUUCAUUCAUCGCGAAUCCUCAGCAAUGGAUUCGUACAAUUCAAGUCGUGAUGACACGUUUACAGCAAUGUACACUUAUUACAUGUAACAUGUAUUUGGGAAUUGGUGGAAAGUGUUUGAAUGCGAAGCGAAAACUUCCUGAUUCUGGAAAAUUCAAAGACUUCAAUAAACUCACUGAAGCUGAACAAUUGAACAAAGGCGUUGAAGCAAUAGCUCAAGCAAUGGGAAUACCGGAUCAAUCUGAUAAGCUUCGAGAAAAAGUGAGAAAAUACGAAUGCCAAGCAGGAACUGUGGUUACUGAAGAGAAUUCAUUUGAAAUUGAUAUGAUAUUUGUGGUCUUCGGAAAACUGCGACUGAAAAGAGGUGAUCUGGAACAUGAUGAUACUGGAACAUCGCUGACAUUUGAUGUUUAUCCUGGAGACAUGCUUCCAUCCAUGCAAAUACUGACGAAUGAACCAGCAAUGUGCAGUGCAAAAGCUUUGGAAAAAACGAUUUAUUUCAAAAUUUGUAGAGAUGAAUACAUUCAAUUCCUUUUUGCACAUCCUGUUAUAUAUCUCCGAUUAGCAUUUCAUGCACUUCAAUUUAUUUCUCCAUUUGCUCGAGUCUUCGAUAUGGCUGUUCAUUGGCAUCGAAUUGAAACUGGACAAGCAUUGUUUAGGCAAGGUGAUAAAUCAGAUUCGAUGCAUAUUGUGAUGGGUGGACGUCUUCGAGCUGUUGACUCUACGAAAAUAAUUGAGGAGUAUGGUAGAUUGGAUCUAAUCGGAAUCACUGAUAUGGCUGAGAAACGACCAAGAAGGAACACGGUGAUGGCUGUCAGAUUCUCUCAUAUUGUGUGCAUUCCCGAGAAUUUGCUGAGUUUUGUCAAGAUUCGUUAUCCACAGGUGGGAAACAAGCUUCUCAAAUUGAUAAGUAAAUGCUGGAAAGCCCCUACACCGGAAACAAUGAGCCACGUGGAGACUACAAGAAAUCAAAAUCUUCGAACAAUUGCUAUAGUUCCAGCAUCAAGACGUGUCCCGUUGACAGAAUUUACUUGUGAACUGUACAAUCAACUGUCGAAGCAUGUCAAAACACUUCGACUGAGUAGUUCCGUUGUUGAGAACUAUUUUGAGUCAGAAGUAAUUACAAAGAAAGCAGAUUAUGGAUUGAUGCAUUGGUUGAAUGUUCAAGAAAUUGCAUAUUCGUUGGUACUUUAUCAAUGUGACUUCCAUAAAACGAAUUGGACGAGGCGGUGCUUAAGAAUGGCUGACGCAAUUUUGAUGGUGGCACUUGGAACAGAAAGUAAAGAAGAACAAGUUUUGGCUGAAGCACUAUUGUCAUGCAAUGAAAAGGGGGUCCGUCAAUCAAAAGAGCUUGUAUUUUUAUGGCCAAUCGAUACACCAACACCAAGUGGUACAGCUGCUUGGAUUAAAGAAUCAUAUUAUUCUGGAUAUCAUCAUCUACGAGCUCCAAAUAGACUUUUCAGUUUUCCUUUGAAAACUCGAGAGAAAAAGAUCGUUGAAUACUAUGAAACAACGGUGUAUGGUGAAAUCAGCUAUCAGUCCGACUUUUCAAGACUUGCUCGAAUUCUGACUGGAAAUGCAAUUGGCAUUGUAUUUGGUGGUGGUGGAGCUCGUGGAGCUGCUCAUGCAGGUGCUCUUCGUGCAUUGAUUGAGAAGAAAGUUCAAAUUGAUAUGGUUGGAGGAACAUCAAUUGGAGCACUCUUUGGAUCACUCUAUGCAACUACUCCAGAUAUUCGUGCAGUCGGGAGAAUGAAGGACUUUUUCACCGAUCGAUUGAGGAAUAAUAUUCUUGAUGUCGUUCGAGAUUUAACAUGGCCAUACUGUGGAAUUCUGACGGGUCAUCGAUUCAACUUGUGUGUUCAACGAAUGUUGAAUGACGUUAAUAUUGAAGAUUGUUGGGUUUCAUUCUUUUGUAUUACAACCGAUCUAACAUCUUCAUCUAUGAGAAUCCAUCGAAAUGGUAUUAUGUGGCCUGUUGUUCGUAGUUCCAUGUCUAUUGCUGGUUAUGUACCGCCCAUUUGUGAUCCACAGGAUGGUCACUUGUUAUUAGAUGGAGCAUAUGUCAACAAUUUACCAGCAGAUAUUAUGAGGUCUCUUGGUGCUAAUGUAGUGAUUGCAAUUGAUGUUGGAAUGUCAGAUGAUAACACUAAUUUGAGAAAUUAUGGAUUUUCAAUAAGUGGAACGUGGUGUUUAUUCAAACGUUGGUGGCCAUUUGGAGAAGAACUUCGCGUUUUGAAUAUGAACGAAGUACAGAAUCGUCUCGCGUACGUUUGCUGUGUCAAUCAGAUGGAAAUUGUCAAAAAUGCUCAAUAUUGUUAUUAUGUCAAACUUCCGAUUGAAAGCUUUGGUAUCUUCGAUUUCUCAAAAUUCGACCAGGCAGCUCAAAUUGGAUAUGACAUCACUAAGCAAAAGAUGGAAGAAUUCUUUGAGGACUCAGUGGCCACCAGAAGAAAGUUGCUUGGAUGUGCAAGAAACGUCCGACAAACUCCUCAAAAAUCGAAAAAUGAUAACAUUUUGUCAUUUGUCAAUAUGCCUGUUCUUCCAAAACCACCCAGCGAUAUCAAAUCAGAUUGAAUUGAGAUGAAUUAUUGAGAAUAUACAAGAUAAAACAUUUUCUGAUUCAA